AUGGCCUCCAUAGAAGAUUACGAUGAGUUCGGGAACUACAUUGGCGCGGACUUGGACUCAGAUGACGAGGACGAGGUACCGCAAAAUACAUUCGUCCCACAACCAGCUCAGUCUGCAGCACCUUUAGAAGGGUACGACGAUGAGCCAAUGCCUUCGGCGGACGCGGGUGCAAUGAUGGAAAUUGAUGAGCCUGUACAUAACGCGGUAAUUCUACACGAGGACAAGCAGUACUACCCUUCGGCGAAUGAUGUAUACGGCGCCGAUGUCGAGACGCUCGUACAAGAGGAGGAUGCACAACCGCUAACCCAGCCUAUCAUUGCGCCAGUGAAAGUGCGCAAAUGGACAGUCGAGGAGAAGGAUAUGCCGGAGACGCGAUUCGACAAAGCCUACUUGCUGAAUAUGACUUCCUUCCCGGACAUGAUACGAAACGUCGCAGUCGUCGGACAUCUGCACCAUGGAAAGACGGCGCUCAUGGACACGCUCGUAUUCGAGACUCACAAACUCGUAUGGGACUCUGAUAAACCCGUACGGUAUACUGACACACAUGUUCUAUCACGGCAACGCGAAAUCUCGAUAAAAUCAUCGCCGAUGUCCCUCGUCCUCUCGACAACGUCGGGAAAGUCACACCUUAUCCAUCUCAUUGAUACGCCAGGACAUGUCAAUUUCGUCGAUGAGGUUGCGUCCGCGAUCAGAUUGACCGACGGCAUUUUGUUAGUGGUAGACGUCGUGGAAGGGUUAAUGGUAGGGACUGAAGCCAUCAUCCGCCACGCCCUCCAAGAGGGUACCAAAAUUACGCUCGUUGUGAACAAAAUCGACCGUCUGAUCCUAGAACUACGAAUCAAACCCGCAGACGCGUACUACAAAAUUAAGCAUACGAUAGAGGAGAUCAACACUUUCAUCAGCACUAUUAACCCAGACCCCGACAUGCGGCUCACUCCCGAGAAGGGCAACGUCGCGUUCGCGAGCACUGACAUGGGCUGGUGUUUCACGUUACGUUCAUUCGCUCAGAUGUACGCUGAUGCGUAUGGCCCCCUUGACGUGCAGUCCUUCGCCGAUCGACUUUGGGGCGAUAUCUACUUUAACAACGAAACCCGUAAAUUCACCCGCAAGCAGUCCGAUCCAGAGCACAACCGGUCCUUCAUCCAAUUCAUAUUAGACCCGCUAUACAAACUUUACAGCCAUGUUCUCAGCGAGGAAACCGAAGAGCUCAAGGAGACUCUCCAUGGAUUAGGUAUCCACCUCAAGCCAGUCAUGUUCAAGAUGGAUGUACGACCACUACUUAAGGUCAUCCUCGACCAGUUCUUCGGCCCCACGACGGGCUUGGUAGAUAUGAUCGUUGAACAUAUUCCGUCACCCGUAGAAGCUGCUGCCGCCAAGGUCGAACAUACAUAUACUGGGCCCCAAACGUCAGAUUUAGUUGCUUCAAUGAAGGCUUGUUCAGCGGACGGCCCCGUUAUGAUUCACGUCGCAAAACUUUACCAUACUACCGACGCUCAAUCUUUCAGAGCCUUCGGGCGUGUUAUGAGCGGUACCGUCAAGAAAGGAAUGGACAUCAAGGUUCUUGGCGAGGGCUACUCGCCGGAAGACGAGGAAGACAUGAUGAAGACCGUCGUUGACGACAUAUGGAUCAGUGAAUCAAGAUAUUUCAUUCCCGCUGAAGAAGUAGGCCCAGGGAACCUUGUUCUACUCGGUGGCGUCGACGCGUCGAUAUCCAAGACGGCGACGCUGGCUUCCAUCGACAUCGACGAGGACCUUCAUAUCUUCCGACCCAUCAAACACAUGACUGAAUCCGUACUUAAAAUCGCGAUCGAACCAAUUCAGCCGUCCGAACUCCCCAAAAUGCUCUCAGGUCUGCGCAGCAUCAACAAGUCCUACCCUCUCGUCUCGACGAAAGUGGAGGAAAGCGGGGAACACGUUGUCAUUGGAACUGGUGAACUGUAUCUGGAUUGCGUGAUGCACGAUCUCAGGCGACUCUUCUCGGAAAUAGAGAUCAAGGUAUCAGACCCCGUCACAAAGUUCUGCGAAACGGUGUUGGAAACGAGUGCCCUGAAAUGUUACGCCGACACGCCUAACAAAAAGAACCGCAUCACGAUGAUUGCUGAGCCGCUUGAGAGAGGGAUCGCAGAGGACCUUGAGCGUGGGCGAGUCACGAUGCGAAUGACUCCAAAGGAACGAGGAACUUUCUUCCAGGAGAAGUAUCAAUGGGAUCUGCUAGCCUCGCGGUCAAUAUGGGCCUUCGGGCCUGACGAGAGCGGACCCAAUAUUCUUCUCGAUGACACACUUCCCUCUCAGAUUGACAAGAAGCUCCUUGGUACAGUCAAAGAGCAUAUCAAGCAAGGCUUCCAAUGGGGCGCUAGGGAAGGACCUCUGUGUGACGAACCCAUGCGCAACGUCAAAUUCCGACUAUUGGAUGCCAGCCUAGCCCAAGAACCAAUUUAUCGAGGUGGUGGCCAAAUCGUCCCGACAGCCCGCAGAGUCUGCUAUUCCUCCUUCUUGAUGGCUACCCCGAGGUUAAUGGAACCUACCUACUACGUUGAGGUCCAGGCACCGGCUGACUGCAUAUCGGCGGUCUAUACGGUACUUGCCCGCCGUCGAGGACAUGUGACGCAAGAUAUACCGAAGGCCGGGUCACCUCUGUACACCGUCAAAGCACUGAUACCCGUUAUCGACGCGAAUGGUUUCGAAACUGAUCUACGAACGGCCACCCAAGGUCAAGCCUUUUGUUUACAAGUGUUUGACCAUUGGUCGGUUGUACCAGGGGACCCCACGGAUACGAGUAUCAAACUUCGUCCGCUAGAGCCUGCAUCUGGACAAGCCUUGGCAAGAGAUCUUGUGCUCAAGACCCGGCGGCGCAAGGGCUUGGGCGACCAGAUCGCCGUUUCCAAGUAUCUCGAUGACGAGUUCGUGCUGGCCUUAUCGGCUUCGGGCCAUGCAGAUCUAUUAGGCUAG